ACCAUACCAUUCAUUUCCAACCAACUUUUUUGAAACGACAUACCCGAGAAUUCCACGAAUUCGCCCGCCAUCUUCCCGCUAAACCUACCUCUCGCACGUCCUCCUUAGAAUCGCAUUCGAAAUGGCCGUCGCACCUAUCACCGGCAUGCUCCGACGGGGCCUAGUUACCGACCUCGCCAUUGCGCUCGGUGCGUUUACUCGCUCCAUUGCUGGAAACGAUCCUAUAUUUCCAGGGCUUCAAAUAUCGUACAAAGGGGGCAUUUUAGCUAAUUCAAAAAUCGCAGGAUUGGGCUCGAUUUUCGGCUCUUUGUACUGGCACGGAUACCACAUGCCGCGCACCUAUGCCCGAGACAACUUCUACAGGAAACUCGAGCAGGAGCGAGCCGCCGCGAGAAGCGUCUAGAUUGCGAAGUGCGAAGACAGCAGCAGCAGUGCGAAGGGGGAGGAAAAGCAUAUAAGAUACUAGACGAGAAUAACUUGACUGUGGUUGGGGGAAUGCUGUAAAAGGUGGUCAUACUUUGAAAGCUGGAGACGGGACGGCCGACUGCAUUAUACGAACGAGUACCCGCCUACCGAAUCUAGGCUCCCUGAGCAUUUCUUUUCUAUCCUAUUGUCUUGUGCAGCGUAAUUUGAUGAUAUUUGUGUGAUUGGGCGUGUUAUCGGCCUUGUUCGUAUGACGGUUAUGACGUAGUUGUAGUAUGUAAAUUUGAAAAUUAGAACGUCAGUAGCAUCAACCUUAUACUGCAUUAUACUGCGAUUUAAGAUAACU